AUGGCCUUCAAUCUGAAUAAUGGGGCAAAUCGCCGUAGCAAUCCCUUUGCUCGAACAGGAUCUCCCUCACCCUCAUCGCCAGUGCCCCUCAAUGGUGGCAGACCAAAAUCUGCCUUGUUUUCCUCGCCGCCACAGCCGAGUGUGUCAACACCGCCGUCACAUGGCCGGUCGCAGUCCAACAGUUCAUGUGGAGCAACAUUGGCCGCGACAGGAAACGCAAUCAAACACCAGAGGAACGAAUCGAGAAAUGGAACUCCCACUUCGAGUACGUUUGCACCCUCGUUCAUCAAGUCGGAGGAGAUGAGACGCGAACAUGACGCAGUGAAGGGCAUCGAAGGAGAGAAUGACUUCUCUGGUAAACGUUAUGUAUGGGUUAGAGAUUCACAACACGCAUUUAUCAAGGGAUGGGUGGUGGAAGAACUGGGCAAUGGCCGCAUUUUGGUACAAACAGAUGAUGGAACUCAACGGGAACUGGACGCCGAAAGCGUCGACAAAGUUAAUCCUGCCAAGUUCGAUAAGGCAAACGAUAUGGCCGAGUUGACCCAUUUGAACGAGGCUUCGGUCGUCCACAAUCUUAAAAUGAGAUACCAGUCGGACUUGAUCUACACAUACUCUGGGCUCUUCCUCGUCACGGUUAAUCCCUAUUGCCCGUUACCCAUUUAUACCAAUGAGUAUAUCAACAUGUACAAAGGGAGAAGUCGCGAAGAUACCAAGCCGCACAUCUUCGCCAUGGCGGACGAAGCUUUUAGAAACUUGGUUGAAGAAGGCCGAAAUCAGAGCAUCCUGGUAACAGGCGAAUCUGGCGCCGGAAAAACAGAAAAUACCAAGAAGGUCAUCCAGUACCUUGCGGCCGUGGCCCCGUCCGAGACUUCUGUACGAAGCAAAUCGCAACACACCAAUCUCUCGCAGCAAAUUCUCCGAGCAAACCCGAUCUUGGAGUCGUUUGGAAAUGCACAAACAGUUCGAAAUCAUAACUCUUCCAGGUUCGGGAAGUUCAUUCGCAUUGAGUUUAACAGAAAUGGUGCUAUUGCUGGGGCAUUCAUAGAUUGGUACCUCCUCGAGAAAUCGAGAGUUGUUCACAUCAACCCUCACGAGCGGAACUACCACAUAUUUUACCAGCUUUUGAAGGGCGCCAGCAAUCGAAUCAAGAGCUGCUUACUCCUGAGUGGACUGGAUACCCAGAACUUCGCGUACACAAGGCACGGCCACGAUAUGAUUGUGGGCGUGUCCGAUAAAGCAGAAUGGGACUCGUUGAUGGAAGCGUUCGAUGUCAUGGGCUUCUCUGACGAUGAGCAAAUAUCAAUUCUUCGUACAGUGGCGUCAGUGCUGCACUUGGGAAACAUCGAGGUCGUCAAAGAAAGCCGCGCGGCAGACCAGGCACGGUUGACACCGGAAUCAAAACAGGUGGUGGCAACUGUGUGCAAGCUUCUCGGUGUGCCAGUAGAUCCGUUCAUCCAAGGAUUGCUGCACCCAAAGGUCAAGGCCGGGCGGGAAUGGGUUGAGAAGGUCCAAACCCCGGAACAAGUGCGACUUAGUCUGGAUGCCUUGUCCAAAGGCAUCUAUGAACGAGGAUUUGGCGAUCUCGUUUCCAGAAUCAAUCGCCAGCUAGACAGAACAGGCAUGGGACUUGAUGAUUCGCACUUUAUAGGUGUCCUCGAUAUUGCUGGAUUCGAAAUCUUUGAGGAGAAUAGCUUCGAACAGCUAUGCAUCAACUACACCAAUGAGAAACUCCAGCAAUUCUUCAAUCAUCACAUGUUUGUUCUCGAACAGGAGGAGUAUGCACGCGAACAAAUCGAAUGGCAGUUUAUUGACUUUGGCCGAGACUUGCAGCCGACAAUUGACCUCAUUGAGCUGCCAAACCCAAUCGGUAUCUUUUCAUGUCUGGACGAGGAUUGUGUUAUGCCAAAGGCAACGGAUAAGACGUUCACGGAGAAGUUGCACUCGCUUUGGGAUAAGAAAUCUACCAAAUACCAACCCUCUCGCCUUGGACACGGCUUCGUCCUCACACAUUACGCUGCCGAAGUGGAAUAUUCCACCGAGGGCUGGCUGGAGAAGAACAAAGACCCGCUGAACGAUAAUAUCACACGUCUGCUUGCCUCUUCGUCCGACAAACAUGUUGCCGACAUAUUCUCCGACUGCGCUGCAACCGAUGAGGAUGUUGGUGGCAGCCGAAGCCGAGUGAAGAAGGGGCUGUUUCGCACGGUUGCCCAGAGACACAAGGAGCAGCUUCACAGCUUAAUGACACAACUUCACUCAACACACCCUCACUUUGUGCGAUGUAUUCUACCCAACCACAAGAAGCGUCCCAAGCAGUUCAACAAUCUUCUCGUUCUCGAUCAGCUCCGGUGCAACGGAGUUCUGGAAGGUAUCCGAAUUGCUCGAACAGGGUUUCCCAACAGACUUUCCUUCACGGAGUUCCGCCAGCGAUACGAAGUUCUCUGCUCAAAUAUGCCCACGGGAUAUCUUGAAGGCCAAGCUGCGGCGACAAUCAUGCUGGGGAAGCUCAGUCUCGACAAGACACUGUAUCGCGUAGGUCUUACCAAGGUGUUCUUCCGAGCAGGCGUCCUUGCAGAGUUGGAAGAACAGCGCGACGCCCUGAUCACGGAGAUCAUGGCCAGGUUUCAGUCUGUUGCCAGGGGCUUCAUCCAACGACGUGCCGCAUACAAGAGGCUUUUCCGAACCGAAGCUACGAGAAUUAUUCAAAGAAAUUUCAACAUGUACCUGCACCUGGUAGAAAACCCGUGGUGGCAGCUGAUUGUAAAGAUGAAGCCAUUGCUGGGAGCCACUCGCACUGCAACUGAAGUUAAGAAGCGUGAUGCCAUGAUCAAGCAACUUAAUGAGAAGAUGCGACUUGACGAAAAGGUGCGGCAGAAGUUGGAAGAUGACCGUCGCAAUAUCCAUACGGAGAUGGUUCGAAUCCAGCAAACUCUAGAGAGCGAGCGCGCACUUGCAUUGGACAAGGAAGAGAUCUUCAAACGACUUCAGACCCGGGAAGCUGAGCUCGAAGAGAAACUUUCUGGUGCCCUCGACGACCAGGAGAGAUUGGAGGACCAACUUGACGAGCUCAUGGAAGCCAAAAGUCGAGCUGAGCAAGACGUCGAAAAAUUCCGGCUUCAACUCGAACAAGCGGCAGGGCUUAUCGCUAAGCUCGAGGAAGAAAAAAGCAAAUUGUCAACAAAGUCUGCGGAAUUGGAAGACGCAGUCAAGGAAAUCUCACGGAAGCAAUCCGAGCGAAGCGAGCAGGAGGCAGCUCUCGCCGACGAGAUCAGGGUUCUUCAAAGCCAACUGAGUCUCAAAGAUCGCAAGGUGCAAGACUUGGAAGGCAAACUGCUUCAGCUGGACCAGGACACGGAAGUGAAGUUGCGUACAGCCCAGAAGGAAACUGAUGCGGCCAAGUUGCGAGAAUCCCGUAUGAGCCAGGAGAAUAAGGAUGUGAAACUUCAACUGUCCCAACUUUCCAAGACUUCAACCGAUUAUGAAGACUUGGUGAGAAGCAAGGAGAGCGAGCUAGCUCUCCUCCGCAGCGACAAGGGGAAGUUUGAGACUGAGCGACGCACUCUGGAAGACCAGAAGAAGGCGCUGACGGAGGAGAAGAACAAAAUAUUGAGCAGGUCUCACAAUGUUCAAGCCGAGUUGGAUGCAAUGAGAUCUAAGCACUCUCAACUUGAGCGCGAGGCCAAGGAGGCCAAAACGCUGCUUGCCGCCAGGCUCUCGGAAGAUGCCCAGGCAGACAAAAACAGAUCACUGCUAGAGGCUCAAAUCAAGGACCUCAAAGAAGAACUUUACACAACUCAAAUGGAUCUAAGCCGAGAACAACAGUCGCGCGACGAUGUUCUGCUCCUCGGGCAACACAAGUAUCAAAGUCUCAAGGAGGAGUAUGACAGCUUGAAUGAAGCAAAGAUUGUGAUUGAAAAAGAACUCUACGUUCAGCAGGACACUUUGCGAAGGGCCAUGGAAGCCCGCACCGCAGUCGAGAGGGAGCGAGACGAGGCACGAGAUGAAAUCCGACGACUGCGGGUGGCCAAAACGCAGGCCGAAGAGGCCCGCGUGCAAGCUGAAAUCUCUGGCGAGCGUCAGGCCUCCAAGAUGGCCCGAGAACGAGAGGCCAGCCUGCGGAAGGAUCUGGAUGCCGCACACGAUCGGUUGCGGUGGUUUGAAGAUGAGUGCGCCAAACUCAACCGCCAAAUCGAGGACCUUAACAAACUUAUUGCAUCUUCGGGCGAGUUCGGGCUGAAAAAUGACCAAGCAAAGGAGCGGAUGGAACGAGAGCUCAGCACUGUCAAGAGCCGACUGACUGCUUCUGAAAAUGACAACAGGGCUCUUCUCAAUAAGCUUCAGCAAAAGGGGCUCGAGAUCGCCAGGUCAACCUCGCGUGCCAAUGAGGCAUCUCGGGGCCAUGUCAUGAGUCUGCAGAAGGAGAAGUCGAGACUAGAAGAACAAAAUGCCAAUCUGAACAGGCAACUUGGCGAUGCCCAGGUAACGAUUGCAACUUUGGAGAAGAAGGCGGAAAAGCUUCAACUCAGUCUCGAAGACCUCAACCAUGAGGUUGCUCGGGAAGUGCAGUCGAGCAGAAAUGCCGAAAAGGCUUCCUCAAACUUCACGGUUCAGCUUGCAGAGGCCAACAGAACAAUUGAGGCCGAACGGCAGCUGCGCGCGCAGUCACAAGCAACUGUUCGUACGCUCCAGGCUACUAUCGAUUCCCGAGACAAGGAGCUCCAAGAGCUACGCGGACAGAUUCUCAACGCCCUGAGGUCCGUCGACCCGGAAAUUCGGAUCCCUCCCCCGUCAGACGACAGCAACCAGAGGGCCGUUCUCAAGAACUUUGAUCUGGCACGCAGGGUGGAGGAGCUUCAACAGAACCUCCGAGUUCAGUCAGCGGCCAGGACCAACGCAGAGAAUCAACUCGCAGAUCUCCGUGCGGCAAGGCAUGAGAGCCCAGGCCGACCCAAGUUGGAAGAGAUUCACCUUAAUGAGGCACCCUUUAACGGUUCCCCUACCCAACGACGAGCUGCCAAGAUCAACGCCCGCCGCUUCUCAAAUACCUCGACACCCAAAAGGAUCAACCAGGAAGUCACCGAGCAACACGACACAGCCCGCUCAGACAAGACGGUAGACACGUUGGCCGUCAACAAUCGCAUGGACUUGAAGGCCGAAGUUGAAGAGCUUCAGAACCAGCUUCAGAUUGCUCAGAUGCAGAACCGCCACCUUCAAAGCCAGGUUGAUCGUAGCACCCCUGGUGCAGACUCCUAUAACGACCAAAGCCCGUCUCUACGCCGGAUGCAGAAGCUUGAAAAGGUCAACAGCAAGCUGCAUGAUAUGCUCGAUGACUCAGCGAAGAAGGUGUCUGCUCUCGAAAAGAACAUCCGCACAGGCGAGCUAUCGCUACGUGAUGUACAGGCCAGAUCGCAUGAAGAAAUCCUGCAUGUGUUUAACAGUCAGGAGGAGUCUCGACGCGCGCUUUUGCACAGCCAUAAGGACGCUGUGGCUGAACUGACAGAGGUAAAAUGCCACUUCGACAAGAUGCGCCACGAGAGAGCGAAACUCGAGGUUGAGCUGCGUGACACCAAGUCCGACUUGCAGGAGAUGACGAUGGCUCGCGAGCAGGAGGCACAGAGCCGCAGCCAGCUUCUACAGGAGUACACUGAGCUUCAGAUACGGCUCGAUGCCGAGUCUUCCAAGCUGGCCGAUGUGUCGGGCGGCCUUGAGAUGUACAAGAGCCGGGCGGACGAGUACUUUGGCAAGCUUGAACAGGCAGAAAUCGCAGUGCUCAAGGCCAGCCGAGCUGAACAAUUCGCCAAGUCACAAGCAAAGGAAUCAGAAGACAUUUGCAGCGAGGUCAUGGCAGAGCGACAAAAAAUGGAUGCCACGAUUGAGGACUUGCAGCGCCAGAACCAGCGUCUAGAAGAGCGUAUCGAGGACAUUUCCACCGAUCUCGAGUCCGUCACGCAAGCCAAGAAGAGGCUUCAGCACGAGCUCGAGGACUACCGCAGCCAGCGUGCCAUGGACAUUGAGGACAAGGAAUCGAGCAUGGAGCAGACAAGAAAGAAGUAUCAGGCCGAGUUUACCACCCUGACCAAAGAACUCGACCUCGCACGCGAAGAAAAGCUGUACAAGCAGGCCGAGAUUGCACGGCUUCGCGAAGAGCUGGACGAACUACGUUCGAAGUGGGAUGAUGAGGUCCUCAACAGCUCUACCUGGUCCAAGGAGAAGUCUCGCCUCGAAACCACGCUUGCCGACGUUGCCUCGUCUCGCGACGAAGCCGUCAACGCUCACAACGAAGCCCAGGGCAAGGUCGUAUCCCUCCUGUCUCAAGUACGGGCAUUGCGAUCUUCAGUCGACGAGGUCACCUCUGAGCGCGACCUCUUGCUGCGCGAGAAGCGAAAUGUGGAGGCUCGGCUUGCCGAGGCCAAGGCUGGGCUCGAAGAGCUCGUGAAGGGCGAAAGCCCGUCUCUGCGCGAUGCGGCGACAAUGGACAAGGAAGUCUUGGAAUUGAAGUCUAGCCUUGCUCAGCAAGAAGAUGUCGCAGUGGCUGCGGUGGAGAAAAUGAGGCGUGCAGAAGCACUGGUUUCCGAUGUCCAAAAGGAGAUUGCAGCCGAGCGCGAAGCCAGCACCGAGUUGCAGAAGCAAAAGGCUGUCCUAGAAAAGAGCCUGAAUGAAGCCCAGCUGAAACUGAUCGACCUGGAGACGAAGGGCUUUUCCAGUGCGAGCCAAGAUAUCAAGUUUUUGCACAAGCGUAUUCAGGAGCUCGAAUCUCAACUGGAGGACCACGAGACAGCGAGGUCCAAGUCGCAGCGAUCAAACCGAAACAUUGACCGCACCGUCAAGGACCUUCAGUCGCAAGUUGAACGCAAGGAGAAGCAGAACACGCAGCUGUCGGAAGAUGUGAACCGCAUGCGCGACAGGGUUGACAAGCUUCUCAAGACGAUUGACGAACUCCAAGCGUCCGAGUCGACCACGCAGCUUUCGGCAAGACGAGCCGAGCGAGAGCUUCGAGAAGAAAGGGAGAAGGCUCUCCGUUUGGAAAAGGAGCUUGAAGGGUGGAAAGGCCUAAGGUCAGAAAGGGGCUCUGCUGUUGGGAGCCUUCGCGGGCGUCUCGAGGGACCCGAUGUGCCCCAAAGAUCGAGCAGUAUUAACAGGCAACCUAGUCUCACCAAAGGAUUCAUUUGA